AUGCCGUCAGAUUCAGAGGAGACCAGAUACCAGCAGGCAAGAAAAGCUCUCCAGUCGACGGCGCCCCCGAUGGCGUCAGGUUCAGAGGAGACCAAAUACCAGCAGACCAUCAGAAAAGCUCUCCAGGCGACGGAUGCCAUGGUUGAUCCUCUCAGUCUUCCGCAUAUUUGUGCCAUGACGAAAAUCGUUCGAGAAGAUAGGCUUGGCCGCUUACCCGACGAUAUUUUGGUUAACAUCCUUGACAGACUCAAUGUCCGAGAUGCUGUAAGAACCAGUGUCCUUGCCCGGCGGUGGCUGCAUCUCCCUGCUACGCUCUCUCGUCUCACCAUAGAUGUUCGGGACUUUGUGGCUAAACCUGCCGCAACGUGCCAUGGAGAAGAAAUUGAACGGGGCAAUACAACUAUGGUUGAAGUGACAAAGAGCAUCCUGGCACGCAGGGUUUCAAGCCCAAACAAGAUUCGCUCCAUGUGCAUGGCGUUCUUCUUGAGAGAAGAUGACAUAAUAUCCAUUGGACAAGCUGUUGAGUACAUCAUGGCGUUCCACACGGUUGACUUUGAAAUCACACUUUUUACAGAGAUGGAUUACACUCGUUGCAACCAGGAUGAUAAGAUCAACUACGGGAUACUAUUCAGGUUGUUUGUUGAUUCUUGUCCAAUUGCAUUUGCUGGUGUCACACGCCUCUGCCUAGAGAAUUUGAGAUUUGGUGAAUCAGACAUCCCUAACGUCCUCAAAGUAUGCAAAGGAUUAAAGCAUCUAAGUCUGUCCUAUUGUAAUGCCGCAAGAGGGACCAUUAUGAAAGUUGAACACUCUAAACUCAGUGAGCUGCUUAUUUUUAAUUGUUGUUUUGAAAAAGUCGAGCUCAACUCGCUGCCAAAACUCAUAUGGAUGUUCUUCGGCGGUUGGAAGUCAAAAGAUCCACUGUUUCUGGGUUAUGUUCCAUUGCUUGAGGCUGUUAGCCUUAGUACUGUCAGUCUUAGUCAUCACAAGAUGGUCAAGUUAAGUGAGAUUUUUGGUGGUACCUCUCCACGAUCCCUGAGGUUGGGAUUUGAAUGCGAAAGGAUUUGGGUUCAACCAGAAAGUGUGACGAAAAAAUUGUCAUCUGUGUUCCAUCAACUAAAGUUUGUGAAUCUAGAUAAUAUUGCUGAAGGGUGUGAUCUCACAUGGACAUUGUUCAUCCUUGAAGCUGCUCCCAACCUGAAGGAGCUAUACCUGAUGGUAUGGGAUCAUCUGUGUAUAAUGACAACAAAUGAGGAGGAAAGGCGAGCACUCUCGUAUAGCGAGAAGAAGGGUGUUGAGUGGAAAUCACCUGGACCUGAUUUCCAGCACCAUAGCCUGGACACGCUAGUAAUCUUUGGCUUUCAGUCUGACUGCAUGGUUAGGUAUGUCAGACGUGUCAUGGAAGCGGCUGUCAAUCUGAAGGAUGUUUUCCUGUACCAUAGGCUAAACUGCAUGAAGUGCGAGCAUAGCUACACUAACCGUCCGCUGAAGUACCCGUCUAACGCGGAACAGAAAAGUACAGUGCUAAAGAAACUCACCAGGAGGAUCAACUCGUCUGCCACAAUUCAUUUACCAGACGACAACAUAACUGCUGAUCAACGUGCAAAAAAGGGUAUUCUUCCAAAACUGAGAGGAUGUUGA